AUGUGUACGAAGAGGAAGAAGAAACAGAAUACCCGUCCACCCACCAUGGAUUAUGGGAUGGAGAGUGAUCGCCCAAGAUUAUAUGGAGCUCCAGUUCUUGAUUUCUCGCCUCUUCCUCGUGACGUUUGGCCAUCUCAUCUUCCAUGGACCGAAGGGUGGUAUUGGAAGGUGAGGUAUGUAAACAGAUUGGAAUUUCUGUGGGAAAAUGUGAGGAAAAAAGAUAUUGAGAUACUUGAAUAUGUGUACGAAGAGGAAGAAGAAACGGAAUACCCGUCCACCCACCAUGGAUUAUGGGAUGGAGAGUGA